UUAGUCUCAGUGCCCCCCCACUGCUGGAGUUGGUUUGGUCCAGUGUGGUGUAGAAAGUCCCUGCUGAGUGUCUGCCUGACUCAGAGCUGGACUGAACCGAGCUGACAGCUAAUAAAUUCUGCUCCAGGAGCUCCGAGAAUGUGAACUUCUACCAGAAUCAUCCGCACCGAGAGAAGGUUUAUGCAGUUGGACUGAAGGCAGGUCUGAACCUCUUCAUGCAGUUGCAGCGUUGAUGUAGCGGAGCUCUGUGUGCUGGAGAGUGAAUGAGAGUCAUUUAGGUUUUAGUGAAGGAAACACACACGGGUCAGAAUGGGAUCUGCUCCAGAGCUUUUCUUCUACAUUGAAAUGAAUGGAGCCGGCGGGGCUGGAACAGAAAACUCAGCCUCUGACCAGCCGGCAGCGAAGGAAACACCGCCGACCCCGACUCUGCAGGACACUGAGUGGUACUGGGGCGACAUAUCCAGGGAGGAGGCCAGUGAGAAGCUGAGCGGUUUACCUGACGGAGCGUUUCUGGUGCGGGACGCCUCCAACAGAGUCCCAGGACAAUAUACACUAACACUCAGGAAGGAUAACUGCACCAGGCUGGUUCGGAUCCUCCAGCGUGACGGACUGUUCGGUUUCUGUGAGCCGAUGACCUUCAGCUCCGUUCCUGACCUCAUCGCCCAUCACCAGCAGCACACGCUGGCCCACUAUAACCCCACGCUGGACGUUACACUGACCCUCCCCGUCUCACGCCGCACACAGUCACAGGAAACAACAGAACAGUGUGAUGAUGAUCUGUACGACAGCUGUGCAGAGAUACGGCAGGAGAUGCAGCAGCAGAACAAGAAGAUUCUGGAGACCUCCAGACAAGAUCAGUGUGGCCUACAGGACUCAGAGGAGAAAACACAGCAGGAGCUCAAAGAGCGACUGUGUGCGGAGGAGGAGCAGCGCUGUGAGGACGAUGAUGAUGGUGGUGAUGAAGGUGUACGGUGUCUGGAGGAGGCCAGUUGGUUUGUGGGUAAUCUGUCGCGAGCUGAAGCGGAGGAGCUGCUGGAGGGAAAACCUUCUGGAGCGUUCCUCAUCAGGAGUAGCAGCAGCAAGAAGGACUGUUACGCCUGCUCUGUAGUGGUGAACGACGAGGUCCGGCACUGCGUGAUCCUCCACACCCCGCGUGGUUUCGGCUUUGCUGAGCCGUACGACCUGCACGGCUCUCUGAAGGCGCUGGUGCAGCACUAUCACCGAACAUCACUCGCACAACACAACCGCGCUCUGGAUGUCCGGCUCGCCUUCCCCGUACACACUCCGCACACGACACACACACCGUCUGUACCCAGCUAAACACCCCCCAACAACCCCCCGCAGACACACUACUGUUCAAACGCCCACAGUCACUCAUUACAUACAUCACCGUUAGUGUUUCAUAUACGACAAUGUCUAAUACAGAGUAACCUUACAGAUUAGACACCAGAUCAGAUUUUUAUCUGUGUGUGCUUUUAUUCAAUACUUCAACUUUUCUGGAACAUAAUCAAGUUAAUACAAACAAAUAAUGUACUGUAAUGUCUUAUAUUUACAUAUUUUUCUCUGCCUCAUCAUUUCUGAUAUUCAUUUGAUUGGAGCUUCAUUCUGGAUACUCCUUUAUUAGAACUUUCUUGGAGCUCUACAGCUUUCUCUCUCAAUUUACAGUCUUCUACAGCUCUCUCCAUCAUUCUGGACGACAGUUCUAUGUUAUUAUUUACAGCUUACUGGUUAUUUUAAACCCACGACGUUUCUAAUAUUAGAAUAAUUAUAUACAUUUAUGUGUGAUAAAGCUGGUUUAGUGUGAUUGGAGACAGUGAAUCUGAGCGUUUGAACAGUAGUGCACUGCAGUCGUCACCACCGUCAGCCGACACAAGCUGCACAUGCUGAAGGACAGCGUGAGGAUUGUGUUCACUUUUGCACUUUUCUGAAGGGACGCUGUUCCACAGACCACCAUGCCGUUCCAUGGAGUACCAUACAGUUACACAGACCACAACACCACUCCACAGAUCACCACACCGUUCCACAAACCACCACACUCUUCUUCAGGCCACCACCCUGGUCCACAGGCCAUCACACCAUCCCUCAAACCACCACACCGUUCCACAGACUACCACACCAUCCCACAGAUCACCACACCAUCCCACAGACCACCACACCAUCCCACAGAUCACCACACCAUCCCACAGACCACCACACCAUCCCACAGACUACCACACCAUCCCACAGACCACCACCCCAUUCGACAGACUACAACACCAGACUUCAAAUACUACACCAUCCCACACUCCACCACACCCUUUUAUAGACCACACUGCUCCACAGAUCACCACAUUGUUUCACAGACCACCUCACAAUUCUACACUGUUCCACAGACCACCACACCCUUCCAUAGACCACAAUGUUCCACAGACCACCACACUGCCACAAUUCCUCAAUGUUCCACAGAUCACUGCGCUGCUCCACAGACACCAAACUGUUCCACAGACCACCACACCAUCCCACAAACCACCACACCGUUCUACAGACCACCUCACCAUUCCACAGACCACCCCACAAUUCUACACUGUUCCACAAACCACCACACCUUUCCAUAGAUCACAUUGCCAUUCCACAGACCACCUCACCAUUCCACACUGUUCCACAGACCACCACAUCCUUCCACAGACCACCUCACAAUUCCACAAUGUUCCUCAGAUCACCACACUGCUCCACAGAUCACCACACUGUUUCACAGACCACCUCACAAUUCUACACUGUUCCACAGACCACCACACCCUUCAAUAGACCACAAUGUUCCACAGACCACCACACCCUUCAAUAGACCACAAUGUUCCACAGAUCACCACACUGCCACAAUUCCUCAAUGUUCCACAGAUCACCGCGCUGCUCCACAGACACCACACUGUUCAACAGACCACCACACCAUCCCACAAACCACAACACCGUUCCACAGACCACCACAUCCUUCCACAGACCACCUCACAAUUCUACACUGUUCCACAGACCUACCACUCCCUUCCAUAGAUCACCUCACCAUUCCACAAUGUUCCUCAGAUCACCACACUGUUUCACAGACCACCACACCAUUUCACACCAUUCCAGACCACCACACCACUACACAGACCACCACACUGUUCCACAUUAUUCCACAGACUACCACACUGUCUCACAGUCCACCAACAUCACUCCACAAUCCACCACACUGUCUCACAGACCGCCACACCACUCCACAGACCACCACGCUGCGCUAUCUGAGCUUCAGGAAGAGAUCUGAGUCUGUGAUUGACAUGUUUACAGGCGUUAAAGCUCUCACUGACAGAGCGCGCCGCUUUAUACUAAAGGAAAAUCAAUGAUUCUACAGUUCCAGUCAAUCGUUUUUAGUUUUAUUCUUUAUUCUCUUAUUUUCCAUAUUUUAGAAUAAUAUUGAAAACAUCAAAGAUGCAAAAAAUAGGGAUGCACAGAUGGAAAUUGUGAUGCUGAUUUCUGAUCAGUUCCACAUACAGCAUACCUGCAUUUAUGAAAUGUAUAGAUUGGGACUAAAUCUUUCUGAAUUACGGAGAAAUGUAACAUUUAUUUUUGCACUCUGAGAAAAACGGAUAUAAGCUGUACAUUUUUGGGUCCACUGUAAAACAUUAAAAGUAAAGUCAACUUGAAUCUAAGUCAACCUUCUGCACAGCGUUUUUAAUUUAUCAGCUUAGUUUCAUCAGACGUUUUCCAUAAAUCAACGUCAGCCUAUAAGGAAAGAAGCACAUUCAUUUACUGACUGAGCUGAGAUUAAAAUACACAGAAAAAACAUGCAACUUUUUAACUCUUAACAGUAACUAAUAACCUAGUUAGCUUAAAAUGUUGACUUCAUUGAAACAGAAUGUGAGACACAAAUUAUACUCCUGUUGACUUGAUAUUAGAAGUUCAGUGACCUCAGAAUUUUAAGGCUGACCAGGUUAUCACCUCACAGUUAACAUUUUGGAUCAUUUUUAAAGUGUAUUUAGAACUUUUUGAAGUUGAACUGAUUUUCAGUGUUUUACAGUGUCUUCACUUUAAUGCUUCUUUUUAAAACAGUCAUCUUAUAAAAAUGUAUAAAUACACAACUUUCCUCUGAGAAAUUUCACAUAUAAAAAAUCAUAAUUUAUGUUUGUGUUAGAAUCAGAUUUAGAGCAUUUCAUCAUCGGCUUUUAGAUCAGCAGAUCUGAAAAACCUUCAUUCAGAUCCAGAUAUUUGACUGGAGCUGUAGAACUGGUGCUUGUUCCCUUUAAAGAGUGAUAUUAUUGCACACUGAUCAUGUUCAGGGGUUAAAGGUUCUCAGCUUCGGGACGAUUUAAAUUCAUAAUCUCAUAUUUAACUCAAGCCCAUUUAGACCACUGAAAAAAAUCUAGACAUUUAGGGAACCAUAAUAAUGAGAAAGUUUCCCAUAAUCGUGACUGAGUAUGUCAUAAUUAUGACUUACUUUGUCAUAAUAAUGAGAUGAGAUCUCAUAAUUAUGAUGCAAUAUGUCAAAAUUACUACUUAGGAUCUCAUAAUGACUUCAUAUCUUAUGAUAAUGAGAUACUAUAUAGCAAUUCUCACUU